CAAGAAAAUGAAGAAAAUUCGAGAGGUGAAAUCUCAACUGGCAGUUCACUUCUGUGAGGAGCCUGCUGCUUUCCAGCUGAAUGACUGCUAUCAGCUGUUUGCUGACUUCUUCACCAAAGUCAACAAAGUUAUGCAAGAAAACGAUCAGAUGAAGAAAACGGAAGAAAAGGCUGCAAAAUCGACAGCUGAGAAGUCAACGAAAAACGAGGUAGUAAAAGUGAAGAAGAGGCAAAUUUUUGACAAAAAAGUCGAACAGCUCAUCAACGAAGCGAAAAAUGGGGCGUACUAGAUGGAGUAACUACUGGAUCUAGGUGCUAGGUGAAGAUGCAUUAACGGUUAACACACUAGUCUUAAGAAGUCAUCAAGUUAGCUCAGUUAAAUGACAAUAGACAAUGGAUUGUCUUGCUCUGAUGUCUUGUUAGUGAUUGAAUUUUUAAUGUCUAGUCUGAAGUUCCAUAUAUUAUUAUAGUUGUAAGAUAUUAACAUCGAUUAAUUGUUUCUAAUUUGAUUCAACUCACUAGUCUUUCAUAAAAUAUUCACGAAGUUAUUCAGCCUAAGUGUAUUCAAACAUGACGAUAGACAAUAAUUCAUUGUCUUAUUCUAAUUAUGUAUCAGUAAAUACCUAUGUAUCUAUUGUUUAAAAUUUUUCAUAGUUGAUUUCAUAAUAGUUGUUGAGUUCAAACACAAUUAUUAUUAAUCUUUGAGUUCUCAAAAACGACAAUGGACAAUAACUGAUUGUCUGGUUAUGAUUUCGAGUGUAUAUUAUAUUACCUGUUUUAUUUGUACGGUAGUAAAGAUAGAGGUAUAGUAUUAUAUUAUUACUUUGUUUAGUAUUAUAUUAUUAAUUAUUAUUACUUUGGAUAGAGUUGCCUCUGACUCUGAUAUUAGGUCGUUUUCUGUAUUUUUCAAGAAUGUUAUUUUUAAAUCGACAAUGCUUUUAAGGACAAGAUGUAAGUUGUCCAGUAUUUUCUUCGUAUGUAAGUAACUUUUGAGACUUGAAGGCUUUUAGAGAUAUUUUAUAUUAUGUAACUUUAAACUAUUUUCUUUUUUGCACAUCUCUAAUUAUUUGUAUAGAAAUGAUUGACAUUUUAUUUUUGAUCUAGAAUAAUGUUGAAAAAUUAAUUAUUAGCAUUGAUCUCAUCUCUUUAGUCUGAAAAAAUCUAUGUAAGUCUACGUCUGAAAAAGUUCCAAAGUAACUGAUUGGUCUGAAAACGUUUUAAAGUAACUCACAAGUCUGAUAGCGAAGCUUGCUUAAUUAAUGGAUAGAACGUAUGGAAUUAGUUUAUAGUUUUUUAUUGUAGAAUAGAAGUGACUUUGAUAUUAGUGUAGUCAAUUUUAUCCAAUAUAUUGAAAAUUAUAACUAUAUUAUUAGAAUUAUUAUUUAAAUUGAUUUCUAUUAACAUUGGAAGAAUAGUAACUUGAGCAGUGAUGCAAACAACGCUUUACAACAAUAUCCUAUAAUGUGAAUGCUUCAAGAUAUAAUGUUUGGUAAACACAAGAAAAUAUUUUCAUUUUUUUUUUUAUUCAGGAUAUUACUCCAUUUGGAACUGUUCAAAAUGCAAAAUUAAAAAUUGAUACUUUUAUGACAUUUUUAUUCUGUGAUAACGGAUCUCAGGGAAUAGGUAGUUCAAUUUUGAAUAGAAUAAUAUUUUUAAAUCAAACUUAGGAUAAAUACAGACUGAUAUUUCUAAAACAUAAGUUAGGGAGUCAUUAACAAUAAACAAAAUAUGUUAUAGAAGAUUCUAGUAAUAAAUGUUAUAGGUGGUACUAUAAUUUAUGUUAGGUAGUAAUUAAUAAUAAAUGCAAUAUUUUAAUGAUUGGUUCUAAUAAUGGAAUAAAUAAUCGUGCAACGGAAGGCUUUGAAAAUAGGAUAGAGUAAUUCCAAUACUCUUUCGAAGAUUAAGUUUAAGUUUAACUACUUCUUGACACUGCUUUUCUUCUCCCUUUCUCUGUUAUCCGUCUCCUCUUUGAAGCUGUUUCUAUUCUCUUCUGACAUUCGAACCUGUACCUCUUGUAACCGGUGCGUUCCUUCUCUCUUUCUUCUUCUCUUGUAUCCGUUUCCUCUUUGAAGCAUCUUCCUAAUUUUUCCUGACAUUAGAAUAACUACUCCUUGACGCUGUUUUUCUCUCCCCUUUCUCUAUUAUCCGUCUCCUCUUUGAAUCUGCUUCUUCAUUUAGACAGGGGGGUUCUCCUUGUCACCGGUGGUUCUUUUCUUCUUUCUUCUUCCUUCUCUCUUAUCCGUCUCCUCUUUGAAGCUACUUCCUAAUUUGUUCUGACAUUAGAGGCGCUGCUUGUCACCGCCGAUACAUUGUCUUUGAAGGUUCCAAGACCUUUUUUGAUAUUUCCUAGGCCUCCAAGUUAUCAGUAAUCUAGGCAAUAAAACUAGUUCCAUUAAACCUGAAUAGCUUUAAGUAAUCUAUAUUGAUGAAUUGAACUUAUUUGAGUUAUAGGGCCCUUCACAGUGUACCUAAUUAUCUAAAUAGGUACAUAAUAUUAAUUACUCCAUAACACAGUGAUAAUAAAAAUGAAUUAUUUAUUUUAUAUAAUAACGUUAAUGAUAUUGGAAUAAAAGUAAAGUGAAGCCAAAAUAUAUUAUAAUAAUAAGUGAUGGUUGUAAUGCUAAUAAGUAAUUUGAGAAAGUUUUGAUCUUCAAAAUGUGUGAUAAGUGAAUACCGGUGCUCAUAAAAGAUUUGUGAUUCUUACUGAUAAGUGAUCAAUGUAUUACAUCGUUAUAGUCUUCCAAUUAUGUGAUAAGUAAAUACCAGUGUUUAUGUAAUGUCUGUCAAU